AUGAAAGGCUUUGGAACCAAACCACCACCGGGACGGGGGGCUGGAUCUUCAGCACCGCAGAAUUUCGAGCAUGGAGUUCUGAAGACUCCUCCAAAAGGCAUCUUGCAGUGCACGGAGCCAGUGAGUAACAUCUAUCGCUGCCACUACCUACUCUGUCCUCACAAAGUUGUGAUCCCUCAGGAGGCUCCGGAAAGUCCAUGCUCAUAUAAAGUCAAGACCUAUAAGGAAGGUCGAAUGGCUUGUGUGUUUUUCUAUUUCAGCCAGUGCGAUCCCAAUCAACCAUCUGUGCCACAGCUUUGGGCUUCAUUGCUAGAGCAGUUGAUACAACAAGUCGGCACUUCUGACAACAUAGCUCCGGAAUUACAUUCCAGAUUCUGCCAGUCAUGGCUCGGCGACUUUAUUUAUCCAACUGCCUAUGCAAGUCUUUUUUACCAACAGGCUUCCAUGUUCAAGACGGUCUAUGUUGUUAUUGACGCUUUGCACCUCUGCGAUGAGUAUUGUGACGGUGGAACUACUCAGACAAUUUUGGAGACAUUUUCCGAACUUCCUGAGAAUGUGAGACUUCUCUUCACCUGCAAUAAUAGUCCCCAGGCAAAGGGUUUCGGCGCUCAGCAGAAGAUUCAGGUCAAACCUAAUCCAGCUGAUGUCGAGGCUUAUGUGAGGCGCCGUGUUAGCCUCAGUACCAAGUUGCAGCAUCUCGAAAUAGAGUCUCUAUUGAAUACCAUUAUAGACCACACCCAAGAAAGCGAAAUGUUCAUAGUUGCGAAAAUGCAUCUCGAUCGUUUGGAAGCAUGCCGUUCUCUGGCCAGUUCCAGAAACAUGCCUAAUCUCUCUCUUAAUUUAUCAGAAAUCUUCGAGAAUUCUUGUCAGCAGAUCAAAAGAUCGGCACCAGCCGAUAUUAGCUUGGCCAAACACGUUUUUACCUGGGUCGUUUAUGCAAGAGAUGAUAUAACCAUGGAUCACGUUCUACAAAGCUUUGCAAUUUCCACGAGAAUGGAUAGGCAAGAUCGGAAGCUUUAUCUAAACUUGGAAUAUUUGCUCCGCGUCUGCGAUAACCUAGUCACAAUGGAUGACGAGAAGAACACGUUGCGCCUAGUCCACGAAUCUGUUCGAGAAUGCAUAUUACGAAAUGGCUUGCUUGCAGAGCAGCCAGAUUCGGUCAUAGCUCGCACUUGCCUGGAAUGCCUUAUGUCAGAGGAUACUGACGAUGUCAGUAACUGCCUGCUUUUCUAUUCGGCCACGUUUUGGGCUUCACACCUUCAGUCCGUCAUCAUACAGGACUGCAAGGAACUAGAAGAUCUGGCGAUGACGUUUCUCUGCAGUGCAGCUCAACUAGAGAAAAUGUCGAACACUAUCAGAGAGAAUGACCAUGGACGAACUGUCGACGGUAUGACAGGCCUACACGCUGCAGCAUAUUUUGACCUACCUCAGUUGGUGCAUGGUCUGGUGAACAACGGCAUUCCAGUCAACUCAUCCGACUCAGGCGAUGAAACAGCCCUUCAUUGGGCUGUUUCUUAUGGGAAACUUAAUGUUGUAAAGCAACUUCUGAAAAAAUCCCACGCCGACCCGAAUGUUGGUGAUAAAAGAAAGGAGACACCUUUGCACAAACUUAACAUGGGCCCCCUCGGAACCCAAUUCGAGAUCGCCAAAGCGCUUAUCAAUGGAGGUGCUGAGGUGACUAUCAAGAACAACCAAAACUUCUCCCCGGUUUCAACGGCCAUUCAAUUUGGGCCAACGUCCAUUGCCAGUCUCUUCAUCAGCAGUCAAAAAGACGUCAAUACUGAGUUCGAACAGGGUUGGACUUUUCUAAGAGCCGUCUUUUAUUAUGGCCACGGAGUUGCUGAAUCAGUGGAUCAGGAUAAGAAGAGUCCAGGGUCAAUGGCAAGGCACCGCGCGGUCAAGAGGCACCUGGACUGUUUGGUUGAUUUAUUGCUUGACAAGGGCGUCAAGUUGGAUCAGCCCACCACUAACGGCUGGCUACCCGUGAUCCACGCUUCCCGAAAUGGCAGUGUUUUGAUGCUCCGAAAGCUCUUAGAAUACCAGCCCAAUUCAGACCUUGUGAAUAAGACAAAGACAGCCAAAGGGAAGUCACCGCUUCGCUGCGCAUUAAAGUACGAAAGAUGGAGCACUGCCCAGAUUCUUGUACAUCAUGGAGCAAACGUAAAUGAGGUCAAUAACGACGGCUGGAGCCCAUUGAUACACGUGACCAAGAGGAACCAGUACGAAAUGGUUCAAUUCUUGAUCCAGAAAGGGGCUCUGGUAAAUAGCACUGACAAUCAUGGCCUUUCUGCAUUGUCGCAUGCCGUCAACAACGGAAACAAAGACAUAACAUGGCUCUUAAUCAUGAACGGAGCCCUUGUCAACAUUCCAGCACGGAAUUCUCUAUCGAACAUUGAGAAGGCUCUGCAGGACCAAGACCUAUCUAUUGCUUGGCUUUUGUGCGUGCACCACGCCGACCUGGAACAAACUGACGAUCAAGGCAUGACCCUCCUACAUCGAGCUUCUCGUGAGGGCAACUUACGAAAUGUGACUUUUCUCCUGGACAGAGGAAUGACAAUCGGGACUGCAGACCACGAAGGCUUGACUCCACUACAUCACGCUGUCCUGAGACAGUCAAGGGAGGUUGUUGAACUGAUUGCUUCCAGGAAUACAGGGUCAAGAUUUCUUGACAGACCUGACAAAAAUGGAUGUACUGCUCUCAUUCUGGCCACGCGAAAAGUCAACAUCGCUCUAGUUCAGAUACUCUUGCGACACGGAAGUUCUUGUGAAAUCAAGGAUCGGAAGGGCAUGACAGCUAUUCAUCACGCUGCAAGCUUAGGUUUCAGAGAGGCGCUACAGAUCCUUCUGCCGAAAGUAAAAGACAUCAACUUAGCAGACAAAAUGGGCAACACCGCCAUCCAUCACGGAGUGCUAGGUGGUAAAGCCAAUAUAGUUCGUUUUCUUGCAGAGAGGAAGGCAGAUUUAGAAGUCCUGAACGUCGAGGGGUGUUCUGCUUUGAUCUUGGCCGUUCUGAAAGACAACCCAGAGACUGUACGAGAGCUUGUCAGAGUAGGAGCUAAUAUCUAUACAGAAGGCAGGAAUGGAUGUUCGGCAAUGGAUUUUGCUGAGCACCAAGGGAAUUACAAGUCGAGGCGUGUUCUUAUAGAAGCAAUACAACCAAGUCAACUGUCUGAGUAG